AUGCCUCAGCCCACCGGCUCGCCACUAUUUCCCAUAUCCCCCGAUCGCCUCAACCAGCAAAGGGUGAAUACUUCGCCUACAAAGUCGCUGGAUGUGACACAUUCGCCAACUAAGUCGGGCCGCGGAGCGUCGGACGUUCAGGCCAAGGUUGCGUUUCUCAAUCGAUUAUCAAAUGCUACAACUCCUGAACGGCCAACUUCCCACAUUUCUACAACUACUGCUGCUCUACAACGAGCGAUAUUAGGCCGCGAAGAAGCUGAGUCGGCUUUACGAACAAGCCUCGUCCAACUCUCAGAAGCCAACGCGCGAGAACGGCGGGUGAGCGAACGGCUAGAAUCAUUAGUUGAGGAGCUUCAUACGAUAAAGGAGAGGCAAGCACAUGAACGCGGCAUAUUUGAAAAAGAGGUUAGGAAGGCAAGAAAAGAGGCCUUUCGUGCUGGCUCGACAUUGGUCAAGGCCCAGGAAGAGCUUAAAUUCUCUAGGGGGGAGAUCAAAUCUCUUAAAGAAGAUAUAAAGAAUGAAAGGGAAGCCAGAGAAAAGGCAGAGCAGGAAGCGUUUGAACGUGCUUAUGCAUUGGCUGGCCUAACUGAAGAACUGGAAACUGUGAAAGGGAAACUUCGGUCGUCAGAGGCGAAACACAGUUCUGAAGCUCACAAACCACAGGUAGAAGAUGAUAUUGAUGUUCACCAUCAAACCUCUGACUUAGAGGGAGACGUUCAGGAUGUUUCACCCGAAACGAGAGGUUUAAAGCGAGGGCAGCCAGACUCUAUCGAUCCCCGAUCUCCAAGCCGUAAAAGAAGUUUGAAUAGUCGGGACCGCCUGAGUGGCAGGGUUGGGGUUCCAGAAAGCCUGUCGCCACCUACUGCGGUUGCCGUUGAAAAGGUUCAUGAAAAAGAGCACAUUGAUGUUAUUGAAAAUCUUAAUGAAGACCUCCAACGUGAGAGACGAAUGCGGCGCGAGGCCGAAGAAAUGAUACACUUUUUGAAAAUGGAGUGUCAGUUCAAGCGCUGCUCAUGCAGGCUGGCAGAAACUCGAGGAGGUCGGUAUAUACAUGAUAUCUCUUGGGAUGAGCUCUGCCAGAAACCAGAACUGAUUGCUGAGGAGCCGCCGUCUGCUCCGGAAGUUCGAGAAAAGCUAUCCCUAGAAGUAGACACCGAGGAUACCUCUACCCCAAGAACGCCAUCGCAAAAUAGUGGCGAGGAAGCCGGCGAGCAAUCAGAUGAACCUUCGGUAGCGUUUUGUCCCGACACUGGAACUUUCCGCACAAUUUCAUCCCCCAAGAAAAUCAUUGUCAUGGGUGACCCUGACCUGGAAAACGAAGAGAUACCUUCUCCGCUCCAAAGGUCUCGCCGUUCUACAGAGCUAGUAGCAUCUGUCGAGGAAAUGGGGACAAGGCACAUGCUCGAAUUGCCUCAUCUUUCCUGUGAAACACAACCACUUUUCAAAACCAGUCAAUUCCACUCCUCGUCUCAAUAUUCGUACCCAGACAGCGCGCCGGCCGACCGGCGCGCCCAGAUAGAAUUCGAUCACAAUAUUUCCUCUGACUCUUCCCAUAAGGUUUUUACGGCAGCCACAACUUCCAUCAACACCACCACCAUUCCUUUGCGGAUAGAGACGCAAGUCUGUGGCGAUUCCGCAUUCUGCCCCAUCCCGCCCACUCCGAUCAACCGCGAAGAAGCUCUUGCACAGAUUCGCGCGCGUCGCGAUCGUACUCAGUGUGCCCUGAAAAGAUCUGCAAGCGCCAAUGAUGCAAAUACUAAAUCCAAUUCCAAUGCAUUCGUCACGCCAAUGAGGGGCUCCCGGCGAAUCCCACAGCCAGAUGGCCUCGGGAUAAGAUCAGCGAGAAUGGGAACUGGUGUAAGAAGGGAUAUCAGUGCCCCAAUUACGAGCGUGAGAAAAAGUUUUAGAUGA